UUCUUGGCCGAACAAUUUGUAUUGACAACAGCACCGGUCGAUGUUAAGAAAUUCCCCAAUUACAACACACCCUAUAGUGUCUUGUUGAAAAGCCUAACGGAACAUCAACACGCGAUCUUCAUUGAUUUGGGCCGAACGUUCCCUAACCAUCAGUACUACAAAGAUUCGCUUGGUGUGGGUCAACUAUCACUUUUCAACGUUCUCAAAGCAUACUCAAUUCUAGAUCCAGAACUUGGAUACUGUCAAGGCUUGGGUUUUAUUUGCGGCAUUCUACUUUUGCAUUGUGAAGAGGAAGAGGCAUUCAAUUUACUGAAACACUUGAUGUUCCGUCGCCAGAUGCGAGCCAAUUACUUGCCCGAUAUGAAACAAUUCCAAUUGCAAUUGUAUCAAUUGUCGCGUUUGAUCCGAGAUCGACUACCGGAAUUGUACAAAUGGCUGGAUGAAAAUGAAGUGUCACCAACGUUGUAUGCAGCUCCAUGGAUCUUGACCGUGUUCAGUUCGCAGUUCGCGUUGGGUUUUGUGACGCGCAUUUUCGAUUUGCUAUUUUUGGAAUCUUUUGGAGUGGCGGUGAAAUUGUUGGAAAUCCAUCAAGAUGAGCUUAUGAAGCGCGAUAAUUUUGAAGACAUUAUGAACUACAUGAAAACCAGUUUGCCCGACAUUGAUGCCAGUACGAUGGAUAAAAUAAUGAAAGACGUAUUUACCAUGGACAUUAAAAAGCAACUCAUCGAAUACCAAGUGGAAUACAAUGUGCUGCAGGAGGAAAUUAGCACAUCUCAACACUACAUGGAAUCGUUGAAUCGAGAGAAAGAAAACUACUCACAAUUGGAAUCAAAGUUGCAGUUCACCGAAUCGAGUAUUGUGCAGCUGGAAAAGACACGUUCAUCACAACAAACUCAAAUCCAAUCGUUGCAGAUGCAAGUGCAAAAUCUGGAAACGACUGUCGAAACAUUGGGUCAAUUCAUGCUGCAACUGGUGGAAAAGAGUACCGAACUCGAAGAGUCGUUGCCAAGCGAUGUUCAGCGAAUACUGCAACAAAUUGGAAACGUGAAUGCUCAACGCAAGAAGCCAAUUUUCAUGGAACGUAAAAUCGGUAAAUCAAUGUCGAUGAAUGCGCAGCUCGGUUUCCCAAUGAAAAUACUCGAAGAAUUGGAAGGUCAUGAGAAUGGCAAUGGCAAAUCGAAAUCCACCUUCUUCGAAAGUACAUACAAUCAAUUGAGAAAACAAAGCAUUCGUAAUCGACCAAGUCUUCAAGGAGCGAAAACUGAAAUCGCUUCCGAUGAAAAUAUGCCGCCACCACCACCACCACCAUCAACAGAAACAACUAAGAUUACAGAUACACACAAGACAAACGGAGAAUCGGUGAAUGGCGAAAAUAUAUUGAAAGCCAUGGUACGUAACAAUGAUGGUUUCGACAGUGGCUUUGCAACAACGCCAUUAUCGCCGAAAGAAAAUAGCAUCACGAGUAUUGUUGAGACCAUUCCAUCUGGAAAGAAUUCCAUUUCCAUUGAGCAAAUAGCGGCCGAUCAUAGCAGUCAUCCAUUCGGUAAUUGCGAAGAUGUCAAUUUCAAGUACAGUUCGACGCAGUUGAAAUCACUUCGACCGAUCCAUCUGAGAACGGUCAUCACAACACCAGCCAUCGGCGUCGAAAAACACAUCGAUGGACGAAGUUAAUACACAACAACAAACUUUAUACAAAUACUUUUAGAAAAAAUUGUUCAGCCAAUUGAAUAAAAGAAAAAAAAAAUCAGCUUUUUGUCUUCUUAACAUUAUACUUUCAUCGCUAAGUGGCUUAAGUUAGUUUCAUCGGCUUAUAUUUAUAAAUAGAGGAAGAGAGAGGAUAGGUGUUGUCUUUUGUGAAUGUGAUUGAUGUUUAAUUUUGACAUGGUAAUGCAUCUGAAUGUACUUUUUAACUCUAAAUUUUAAUUUUAACGGCUUUUUUUUUCUUGACGAAUACAAAUAUUUUAUGAGUUUUAAUGCUUUCUUAGUCAGAAGCGUGACAAUGUUGGUAUUUAAAAAUUAGUUUUAUUAUACACAAUAAUAAUCCCAAUUAUGGUAACGAUAUCACAAAGAAAAUACAUUGAAAAAAAUACAUGGAAA